CCCAGCGUGCCUUGGGGCGGGUGGAAGAGGGAAGAUGGCCGAGUAUCUGGCCUCCAUCUUCGGCACCGAGAAAGACAAGGUUAACUGCUCUUUUUACUUUAAGAUCGGGGCUUGUCGGCACGGAGACAGGUGUUCCCGCCUCCACAACAGACCCACCUUCAGCCAGACCAUCGUCCUGCUGAAUCUGUAUCGGAACCCACAGAACACGGCCCAGUCGGCAGACGGCUCGCACUGUCAUGUCAGCGAUGUGGAAGUGCAGGAGCAUUAUGAUAAUUUCUUUGAGGAGGUCUUCACGGAGCUAGAGGAGAAGUAUGGGGAGAUAGAGGAGAUGAACGUUUGUGACAACCUCGGGGACCACCUGGUCGGCAAUGUCUAUGUCAAGUUCCGGCGGGAGGAGGACGCCGAGAGGGCCGUGGGGGAGCUGAACAAUCGCUGGUUCAAUGGCCAGGCCGUGCGGGCCGAGCUGUCCCCAGUCACCGACUUUCGCGAGUCCUGCUGCCGCCAGUACGAGAUGGGGGAGUGCACACGUGGAGGGUUCUGCAACUUCAUGCACCUGCGGCCGAUAUCCCGAGAGCUGCGCCGGCAGCUCUACGGGCAGAGCCGGCGCCGGCGCUACGUCCGACCUUCCCGCCGAGCCUGGCGCUUCCCCUGGCUAAGCAGGACGCUGCCCGUCUCCGGGCCUGGCUAUUUCCCCAGCUGUCGAGCGGCUCAGCCACGAACAAGCGUCUGCAUUUUGACCUUUUUAACGGUGUUAGAAAACCGGGCCAGCUGCUUUUCCUUGGUUCUGCGUCCACGCUUUGUACACCGGAGUCGUGUUACGCUGCCAGGUUACUCCGGGGGAUUGUGCGCUACUUCGUGUGCGCACAAUUAACGAGUCCUGCAGAUCGCCAACAUUUUGAGCAGAAAGAAGCUGCUGCAGUUUUCUUGCUUCAGUGCCGCCUUUUUCCCACCAGAGGGCGUUGUGGUGCUAGAACAAAGCUGCAGCUCCCCACCAGUGAGGGCAGAGUAAGAGCCGGCCUUCUGCACAGUGCCGGCCAGGCCAGGCCAGGCCAGAAGACAGGGGCUAUGGGGAGACAGACCGCGUGGGGUGCUGGGGGGUCAGACAGGGGCUCACAAGGGCUAGUGGGGGAGGACAGACUGGGGCAGGGGCUCAAUGGGAGUGGAGGCACAGAGCCAUAGUGGGGAGGGAGGUGCAGGGCCACAUGGUGAUGGGGGGUGGGGGGCAGAGCUACAUAGGGACGGGAGAGGUUGGAUGGGGACAGAGAGACACAUGGGGAUGGGGAAGGGGUACAGGGCCACAAAGGGACAGAGGAGGGGUGCAGGGCCACUUGGGGAUGGGGGUAGUGGGUGUCUUGAGUGGUGGUGGAGGGACACAUAGGGGUGCAAGAACACAUGGGGAUGGGGCAGAUGUGCCUGACUGAAUGGGAGAGGCUCGGGGUCAGCCAGGGUCUGCAUGAGGGAAUCUCCUGAACAGUCCCGCCCCCACCCCCCAAAAAAACCCUCCAAGUUCACACGUAGGCUCCUUCCCAGCAAUUUACUUCCCUCUCCCUCAGCAACUCCGUUACACCGGAUUCCCCCAAGCUUUUGCACCGCUUCUGAGGAGUGCGGGAAAUACGGUUCUGUAUUGUCGUUUAAAUGAAUUAUUACUCAGAGGUCUGUAUUAAUAUGCCUAGUAAGGAAUCUAUUUGUCAAAAAACAUUUCCUAAAUAUUUUCUGUUGUCUGUAGGGUUACAAACAUACUUGCUGACAAGUAUUUUGAAAUAAAUGACCAAAAAUAA